UGCAUCAGAAGGAGGCAACGCUGAUAUCUCCAAGGGGUCCUUAGACCUGAGGCUGUUGUCCUCCUGCCCCUCUGCCCACAGCCUCCUACCAAGCUGGUCUCUUUUAAUGGUUGGCACUGGCCACCGCGGCCCUGAUUACUGCCCACACAGACACAGCCUGAUGAUCACUGGUGCCAUGGGAGCGGUGCGAGUCAACAGAUACAGCAUCGUAGCCACCGAUGAAGACCACUUCAAGAUCUCCACCCUGGGCCUCCACAAUGGCCAUGGUCCCCUGAUGCACCACAAUAUGACUGGGAGGGGUAUGGGGGGCGGAGGAGGUGGUGGUGGUGGAGGAGGAGGAGGGUCAGAAGGAGGAGGAGGCGGCAGCUCGUUAGCCCUGCGAGCAACAGAGCCUGUCCACAACGGCCGCCAGAUCUCCACGACGGGGCCCAACCAUGUCCGGAGCCGCUUCGUGAAGAAGAACGGCCAGUGCAACGUGGUUUUCCACAACAUGGAAGACAAGACGAAACACUACCUGGCCGACAUAUUUACCACCUGCGUGGACAUCCGCUGGCGUUACAUGCUGCUCCUCUUCACCUCUACCUUCCUGCUCUCCUGGUUCCUCUUCGGGGUGGUCUUCUGGGGAGUGGCCCUGGCCCAUGGGGACUUCGACCUUCGACCCGGCCUGGGAGAGGGGCCUCUGGCCGGCUUGGAGGGAGGAGGGGUGGAGUGGAAGCCCUGCAUCCUACACGUCCAAGGCUUCGUAGGGGCGUUUCUCUUCUCCAUAGAGACCCAGACCACCAUUGGGUAUGGGUUCCGCUGCGUCACCGAGGAGUGUCCGGCAGCGGUGGCUACGGUGGUGGUCCAGUCCAUUGUGGGCUGUAUCAUCGACUCCUUCAUGAUCGGAACCAUCAUGGCCAAGAUGGUUCGACCUAAGAAGCGGGCGCAGACCUUGCUGUUYUCRCACCACGCGGUAAUCUCCAUGCGGGACGGGAAGCUGUGCCUGAUGUUUCGCCUGGGGAACAUGAGGAAAAGCCACAUCGUGGAGGCUCACGUCCGGGCGCAGCUCAUCCGGCCGCACGUCACCGCCGAAGGCGAGUACCUCCCCAUGGAGCAGACGGACAUCGACGUGGGCUACGAUGAGGGCCUGGACCGCCUCUUCCUGGUGUCUCCGCUGGUCGUGGUCCACGAGAUCAA